CUAUCAAAAGGACCAAUCACAUCGAGGGGUGUGGUUUCCAUCCACAGUCGGCUUAUGAACCAUAUAGGAAACCGCUAUCCGGAGAAACGUUGCUGCCUCUUUUUCCCAUCCGCUAGAUAGCUCAUCGGCCAAGAUGGCGGAACGGAGUGUACAAUUGCUUUUAUUACUCAUCCAGGGUUGCAGUAUUCUGGCCGUAGAACUGAGCACCCAUAACCAAAAUCCUGUGGUGCAGGAACAUCAGAGUGUUGAGCUGUCCUGUAUUAUUACCAGCACGAAAACAAAAGAUCCCAGAAUUGAAUGGAAGAAAAUUAAGAAUGAUGAUGCAGAUUAUGUAUACUUUGAGAAACGCAUCCAAGGUGGCCUAGAAGGUCGAGCUAACAUACAGUCAAAAAGCUCUCUCUUCAUUAAAAAUACCAGCCGAACAGACAACGGGAAGUACAGAUGUGAAGUGGCUGCUCUUGAAGAUGACAAAAAGAUAGCAGAGAUUUAUAUCAGCUUGACUGUACAAGUGAAACCAGUGAUUCCACAAUGUAGAGUGCCAAAAGCAGUUCCAGUGGGCAAAUCUGCCGUCCUUCACUGCCAAGAGAAUGAGGGUUACCCAAGUGCUGUGUAUCGCUGGUACCGCAACAGUGAAGCUCUACCUGAUGACUCAAAAUCCACUUUAAAGUUUCAGAACUCGUCCUUUACAUUUAACCCUAAAACAGGUACUCUGACAUUUACUGCAGUGAACAAAGGUGACAUGGGACGUUAUUACUGCAUUGCAAGUAAUGAUGCUGGGUCGGCCAAGUGUGAGGAGCAAGAACUGGAAGUCUAUGACUUGAAUAUUGGAGGCAUCAUAGGAGGUAUUCUUGUAGUACUUGUUGUACUGGCACUGAUCACAGGAGGUGUUUGCUGUGCAUACCGUAAAGGUUACUGUACAAGCAGCAGCAGCAGAUCCAGUGGGCAGAGUUACAAGACCCCAGCAAAACCAGAAGGUGUCAAUUACAUGAGGACAAAUGAUGAGGGCGAUUUCAGACACAAAUCUUCUUUUGUCAUAUGAAAUGCUGUGACAUAAGAGAGGAACUUGGAGCAUUUGCCCCCACCUUACCAAUUGCACUCCAAAGGUUGAAGGACAGGACAAAAGGAUAUGAACUCAAGAUAUUGCCAAAGUAUAUAACCAGUCCAUCCUCAGUACAGCUCUUCCCGUGUGGCUUACACAGACUUGGGAACAUUUGGCUCUGCUAAUGUUUCUGGAGAGAGAGAUUGUUGAACAAAUGAGCUAUUGCCUUGAUGGUUAAGUACUGGCUAUUUAAUCCUCCAUCAACAGUAUUAAUAAGUUCACUGCCAAUAUCGAAAUGCCGCUGAACCUUGAGAAAGCAAAUACCACUAUAGGAACUUAAGCGUUUUCUGCCUUGGUUACAUGGCACAGAGGCUUCUGGGAUUUCUUCAAAUAUUCAUUCCUUAAAACUGACACCAAAGCACAUAUGGCUCAGCUCUGCCACCACUUAACUUACCCCCAGUGUUUUACCUGAGGACUUGAACGUGUGUUUUACUGCAUUGAAAUUUUCCUUUCCAAUUAAUUUUUGUUUUCCAAAUAGUUUUUUUUUUGCGUGGAUCUGGUCUGGCAUUUAUCAUAUCUCUUGUUGCUAUUGCUUCAGUGGAUGACCAAAUUUUGGCUAUGCAGAAAAUGUCCAAACUGGAUUUAUUAUUCUGCACAAAGGAACAACCACAAACUUUGGGAACACAAUAUGAAUAGAAAAAGGACAGCAAAUACCCAGCAAGUUAAAGGCCAUGGAUUGAUUAUCCCAUCUAGGAAUCUCGAAUGUUUGGCUACUACACACUGAAGGCUUUGUACAUUGUGUACUUUAGUAACUAGUAGGACACAAAUGAAAUUUUGUCAUCGUAUAUUUAGAUUUUGCAAAAAGUUUUUUUUGUCCCUAACAGUUUUGGAAUAAGUGUAAAUAUAGAACAAACCAGUAGGUCCUCUAGGUUAUUGAAGAGCUACAUUUGUAUUGAAAAUUACAUUAUUUAAUUCCUCACAUAGGCUCUACUUGACACUGAUGUCAGCUACAUACAAUAUUAAAUUGUAUAAUAUGCUAUUAUCUUAUUCUAGAAGUUCCAAUAUGGAUGUUUCAAUAGGAAUGUCGUCCUCAAACAACCCCUCAGCCCUCAGAUGAAAGUGAAUGAGCGAAACUGCCUAUAGGCCUGUGCUGUUGGUGUAGUCUGCCGAUAAACUCAGCAGAGGUCACCAAAACAGCUGACUGGGUUUGUACAGAUUGUACUGUAUCAUAGGCUCAUUGCAUAGUCUUUGUUUGCAGAGCAACGGCAAGAAAAAGUUCACCCUUUUACAAUAAACUGCCAUUUUACAGCCA